AUGAGUACAUCAUCAGCGAACGGUACAAGCGAUACGAUCCUAGUGACGGGCGGCGCGGGUUACAUUGGCUCUCACACGGUGGUGGAACUACUGAAUGCCGGCAAGAAGGUGGUCGUUAUUGACAACUUCGCCAACAGCUCACUCGAGUCCAUCAAUCGCAUUGAAGCCAUUUCAGGCAAACGCCCUGCGUUUCACCAAGUAGACAUCACAGACUACACGGCGCUGCAUUAUGUCUUUCAGCAGCACAAAAUUGACAGUGUCAUUCAUUUUGCAGCACUCAAGGCCGUUGGCGAGUCUGCAGUCAUCCCGUUAGAAUACUACCGCGUCAAUAUCGGAGGCACCAUCACAUUGUUGCGUGCAAUGAGCGAUAAUGGCGUCAAGAGUAUUGUCUUUUCAAGUUCCGCGACAGUCUACGGGGACGCUACACGUUUCCCAGAUAUGAUUCCCAUCCCAGAAGAUUGUCCUGCUGGUCCAACCAACCCAUAUGGACGAUCCAAAAUGGCGACAGAAAUGGUCAUUCAAGAUCACUGUGCCGCGAAUCCAGAGUGGAGUGCGGCGUUGUUGCGAUACUUCAAUCCAGGUGGUGCGCAUCCGUCGGGGCUGUUGGGAGAAGAUCCAUUGGGAGUACCCAAUAAUCUCCUGCCAUAUGCUGCGCAAGUCGCCGUGGGAAGGCGCCCGUUUCUGAGUGUGUUUGGUGAUGACUAUGAUACAAAGGAUGGAACGCCAAUUCGCGACUAUAUACAUGUGGGUGAUCUCGCUGUCGCACAUCUCAAGGCUUGUGAAAAAAUACAGCAAGGACAACGAGGGUGGCGCGCUUGGAAUAUUGGCACAGGCCAUGGCUCGACUGUGCUUGAGGUGGUUGAUUCCUUCAGCAGGGCUGUUGGACACAAAAUUAAUGUCCAGAUUGCUCCACGACGUGCAGCGAAAGUGGAUCUUGCAGAAAGAGAGCUUGGCUUCAAGACAAAAUUCACGUUGCAGGAUAUCUGCGAUGAUACAUGGCGUUUCAUUGCAAAGAAUCCCAAGGAGACGUGUCGCCAAGUAUGGCCCAUGCUUUUGCAGAGCGCGCUGAAAGCGAUGUCGAGGGAGCAGCCGAGUACGCGCCACUGCUAG